ACGUGAGUUAUCGUGAGUUUAGUUGUGAUACAUAAUUGAAGAUGCGUGGGAAUAUAGGAGUUAAAUAAAGUUCAUUCGGUGAUUUCUGAGGAGGCAGUGAAGCCAAUUGGCAAACAUGUUGCCAAAGGGGAACUUUGAUCAUUUUUAUACAAAGUGUUAAUUCGCGGUAGAACGACCAAAGAUACUAAACAGAACUCUCUAAUUAUUCAGAAGAAAGUGUAACAAGGGCACUUAUUGUGUCCAAUGUUAAUGGAAUUCUCAAGGCCACUCUGAUUGCUAAUUCUGAAGUGACGUUUUAAAUAAUAUAUUGAGAGAGAGCGACUUCCGAUAGAAAAUUCAAUUGAUUGAAUACAUUCGUGGCUAGUGGAUUUUCGGUGAUUUGGGAAAAUUUAUCUCGUCAAACAUGGCUCGAAAGAACGAUAACUUGAAGGGGAUUAACGUAUCUGUCGUUGGCCUGUCUGGCACUGAGAAGGACAAAGGACAGGUUGGCGUUGGUAAAUCAUGUCUGUGCAAUAGAUUCAUGAGAUCACUCAGCGAUGAUUACAGUGUUGAUCAUAUUUCAGUACUGUCACAGUCGGAUUUUAGUGGUCGUGUAGUGAACAACGAUCACUUCCUCUACUGGGGUGAAGUGAUUAAAGCAGCUGAAGAUGGUACAGAGUAUAAUUUUCAAGUGAUAGAGCACACAGAGUUCAUAGACGAUGCUUCAUUUCAACCAUUCAAGGGUGGUAAAAUGGAGCCAUACGCCAAGCGAUGCUCAGGAACAAAGAUAACAAGUGCUGAAAAACUCAUGUACAUUUGUAAGAAUCAGCUUGGAAUUGAAAAAGAAUACGAGCAAAAAGUAUUGCCUGAUGGUAAAUUAAACAUCGAUGGUUUUUUAUGUGUAUUUGAUGUGAGUGUCGUACCAAAUCGUACAAUUGAAAAACAAAUUGAAAUUGUAGCCAAUAUACUUAAUAAUUUGAUUAAAACUAAAAAACCAGUUGUACUUGUUACAACGAAAAAUGAUGAUGCUAAUGAGCAAUAUGUCAAGGAGGCUGAGAAAUUGAUAAUGAGAAAGGAGUACAAAAAUUCAAUAGUUGUUGUUGAAACAUCGGCACAUGAGAAUAUUAACAUCGACAAUGCAUUUCUAGUCUUGGCACAAAUUAUUGAUAAAACGAAAAUGAGGAGUAAGGUUGUACCGUUCGCUGAGGCAGCUAGGGCACGCAAGGAACUGUUGGAUGCAUCGACAGAAUCACUUCAGAGAUUAAUCAGAAUACAUGUGACGGAUUAUCGAGCAUUAUGGUCUCAGGCAUCCAAGAAACUGGGACAACAUAAGGAAUUUCAAAACUUCGUGGAGUUGUUCGGAAUCGAUGCAACGCAGAGAUUGUUUAGACGUCAUAUUAAGAAACUUAAGGAUGAGCAGGUAGCUAAGAAGAUCCAGGGAUACUUGGACAUGUUGCCUGAGAUUCUUCACGAAAUUUGUCCGGAUAUUUCAAGUCUCAUUAAUGAGGAAUGGUCUACAGUGCAACAGUACAUAAAAGAGCACCCAGACUUCCAUCAACACUUUUACGAGUGUCCAGAGGACAUUUCCUGGAUUGACUACGACUUUGGGGAGAAUAAUACCACAAAAAUACCUUACGAUGUUUUAGAGACACCCGAGGCCGAAACUGUCUUUAAAAACCACAUCAAUGCCCUUCAGCAGGAGCAAAGGAGACUCGAAUGGAAAAAGCAGUUCAAACAAUUGCUGGAGGAAACUGGAUAUGUCACGCCUGGAAAACACUUGUCAGAGGUGCGAGUAUUGUUCAUGGGACGUGAAUGCUUUGAGGCACUUUCACAUCACGAUUGUCAGGAGAUUUACGAUCGACAUCAGAAGGAAAUUAUUGAACGCGCUAAACAUAAUUUCCAGGAAUUGUUGCUAGAACAUGCAGACUUGUUUUACCAUUUCAAGAGUAUAGCACCAUCCGGUUCCAUUACACAAGAUGAUAUCAAGGAAAUUACUGAUGCUCUACUGGAUGAUUUUAGGUACAAGACUCUGGACAGACUCGACCAGGACCGCAAAUUAAUGUUAUUCCAACAUUUGGGCUUCGUCCAUUGUCCAAUUCGUGAAUAUUGCCCAGCAUUUCCAAAUUGCAUGGACGCACUGAUUGAACGAAUACUGGGUACAAAAGCCCACAGGCCCUCGUCGUGGAACCACAGUAGUCAAUGGCAAUUAACGUCCGAGAAUAAUCAGCUAAAUUUGGUUAUACUAGGCAGCAAUGGAUUGGGAAAUGAAUUUGCUCGUGAAAUUAAAACUCAAACCGAGGAUGACGAGGUGGAAAUUGAUUGUCAGUUGUAUACACUUGGAUACAGGGUUAUUGAUGGUGAUGUUGGAUUGCCACACAAUUCAUUUACUACUUCCGAUUUCAUGCCACAUGGAUCAUUCUGUGUUUACUCGAACGAAGAUUCAUUCGAAUAUAUAAGAUCAUCUCUGGAGAAAACUCUCCUGUCAAAUCUUGAGCAGGAGGACAGAUUACCGUUCCAGGGUCUUCCAAUAGUAAUAAUGUUCAUUCCUGAGUUGACAAUUGAUGAUAUGGAGGCAAUGAGGCUCAGAGAAGAGGGACAAAAUCUUGCUGACAGCUUGCAGUGUCCGUUUAUCGACGUUUGCGUCGAGGAUUUAGAGCCUGACAAGCGUUUCCCAAGUUCUCUUGUUAAGGAUGCCCUACAGCAGCUCAUACAGUCGAUAAAUCAUCGCGCUGGCUUCUUGAACAUUUACCAGAGUGUCCUCGAAUGCUUGGAACCUGACAUUAGGAUAAUCAUGUGCAUGUUCUGUGGAGAUCCAUAUUCGGUGGAGAACGUUCUGGGCCCACUGCUGAGCCACCAGUGUUGCUUUUUGAGUGGUGAAAAGUCAAUAGUCCUCGAAACAUUCCUAGGGGAGUCCAAGAGACGAGUCGAAGUGAUAAUUUCAAGUUUUCAUGGUGCUAAUGCCUUCAGAGAUGAAUUAGUGCACGGUUUUAUAUUAGUGUACUCGACGAAAAGAAAAGCAUCUCUCGCAACGUUGAAUGCAUUUUCAAUGAACAUACCAAAUUUACCAAUUCAAAUAAUGGCUGUCACUGAUACUGGUGGGGCUAAUGCAUUCUUCACUAGUGAUCUUAGUCAUCUACUUAUCACCGAAGGAAAUGCAACCGCAGAUCGCUUGCAAGCGCAUUUCAUGACAUCAGCAUCGAGUUGCCAGCAAAAAACUGCGUUCUAUACACCAUUCUUCAAGGAAGUUUGGGAGAAAAAACCGGAGAUUGAACAGGCAUUCAACAUGGAGGAGCCUGGCAAUCUCAAUGACAGUGGUGAGGGUACUUUAGAGUACUCUGCACUACAUCCAAUGCCACCACCAAGACACGAGAGUUAUCACCUGCAGACACCAGAUGACGGUAUGUCUGUUACUUUCAGAAGUGGAUCGGAGUCGUACGAGCAACUCACGCCAGACGGUGAUCUUGGUGAUCCUGGGCUCAACGAGCAGUUCAAUGAUCAUCGUGCAACACCCAGUGAUGACAGUGAUAUUUACAGUCAAGUCGACUUCCAUCGAGAAGAACGUGAGCGCGAACUACUCAAAGGAGGAGAUUUUGCCAAUAAACUGACAGGCUGGGUGAAGGACACAUUUAUGCAUCAGGACGGUGUUUCUAACUCGUAUUCGCACCGCGCGUUUACUACAGGUCGUCGUCACAUACCCCAGAUAAAAUCACGACCCAAGGGUAACAGUCAAACAUUGAAGCAGCCUGGAAAAAUUAAUCUGAAGGAUUUUUCAAACGUAACCGAUGCAAUAGCGCGUAUGAAUACUGGUGAUAAAGUCGAGCACUCAUCGAAAAUGGGCCAUGCACCAUUGGCUACACCAGAGCUCGUUGAUCUUGAGUAUGCUCAUCCAAAAGACGUUGUACCAAGUCUCUAUCCAUCGUACGAGGGAGAGUACGCCUAUGCAUUAGUCCAGGAUUCAAUUUCAAAUAAUAAAUCAAAAUUACGACAUAGGAGGGAAAAAGGACAGCCGUCAUACAGUGACUCGGACUCGGAAUGGAGUUCAUUGGAGAGACAGAGGGUUGCUGAUGUCAUUGCUAAAGCUAAUAAGAAAUCAACGACGCACAAGAGGACACGGAAGAAGAGGGCUGCUAUUCCUGUUGCUACACCCAAAGUACCUUCUCUGGGCAGUAUGACCAGUGCUGAUGGCAUUGUUGGGCUCAAUUACAGUGUUAAGGAUGAUAAAACUUGGCGAAUUGAUCUCACCGAAAGGGUAUCGAGUGAAACACCGGAUAGCUCAGAGUCUAGUGAGCCUGAACACGGCACGAGGUCAAGAUUAAAACCUAAUAAACACGCGCCGGUUAGUGUGAGAAAGAGAUUUGGAAAUUCAGCUGCAACGCUACAGCAUCCAUUCAACCUGAAACACGUAACCCAGGAUAUGUUCAGUGUGUCCUAUGAUGAAUCCAGUUUGGACGUUUCCUCUCCUCGAGAGAUUAAUUCUCCAAGUGGUAAGGACGGUGACAAGCUAACGAGGAAGAAGGACAAGCAGAAGGCAAAGGAGGACGAGAAGCUGGAGAAGCGUAGGCAGAAGGAGGAGAAGUUGCGAAAAAAUGCGGAAAAGGAGAAGGAACGAGAGAAGAAAAAACAGGAGAAGAUUAAGCAGACCAAAGGGACAAAUCCAGGGGCACCAAUGUCUGGACAAUCGCAGCAGUCGCUCAUCGAGGAUUUUGCACAGAGUGAGACCAAUAGAAUACCUCUAUUCCUCGAGAAGUGUGUGAGAUUCAUUGAGGAUGAGGGACUUGAUUCUGAGGGCAUCUACAGAGUGCCGGGAAAUCGAGCACACGUGGAACUUCUCUUUCAGAAGUUUGAGGAGGAUGGAAAUGUGGAUAUUCACUCGUUAGAUAUUCCUGUUAAUGCUGUUGCCACGGCACUCAAGGACUUCUUCUCGAAACGAUUACCACCCUUGAUUGAUAAGGAGCGCAUGGCAGAGUUGGAAGACAUUUCUGGCGCACGAGGUAUCAGCAAACCGAUGUCGGCUACAUGCAUGAAUAUGGAAGAUCGAAGCUGUAGACUUCUUGCUCUACGAUUGAUGCUCAAUAAAUUGAACCCUGUCAAUUUUGACGUUCUCAAGUUUAUUUUUCAACAUUUUGUAAAAGUUGCUGAAAAUUGCAAAUUAAACAGCAUGGACAGUAAGAAUCUGGCAAUAUGCUGGUGGCCUACCCUAUUACCGAUAGAGUUCAACGACCUCGGUAGAUUCGAAGCAAUGAGGCCAUACCUCGAGGACGUCGUUCAAACGAUGAUCGACCAAUACCCCUUCCUCUUCUGCGACAAAGAGGCCAUCGUAAUGGUUUAGUAACGAAUUUCUCAACAAUACAAAACACACAUACACACGUGAACAAACUCAAACAAUUAAUAAUGAACUCACGGACUGUCAUAGAAGGACCUAAAAAUGGUGUAUAAAGUAAGUGAAUUUUUUAAUGAUUUAUCCGAAGCAGUAAUGUUCAUUAUGAGUAAUGAAUAAUUAAUGAAUUUACAUAGAAUUACUGAAACAAUGAAAGAAAACAUAGCGCUUGGUCCUAUUCUUAACAAUAUCAAUAAUUAAUACUAGAGCGCAUUUUGCGUUGAUCCAGAUUUACAUAAUACUGGAUGAAUUGACUUUUAAAAAAUAAUGAAACUUCUUUUGCAACUGAUCAAUUGUCUUGGACGAUCGUCACUGAGGAUAAUGGGCAGUAGAGUCAAUGCAGAUACCAUUAAACUUGUAUGAAUGUGUUUAUUAUACUCGAGAGCGAAUUAUUUAUUGCGAAUGGAAAUAAUGAUUGGGAAAAUAAACAAAAAGAUCGAUGUUGCUUUUUUUAUUAACGCACGUGAGCAUUCAGGGGAGGAAAAACAGACAAUUGGUGAUGUUAAUUGAUGAGGUGUUGUGGGAUGAUCGUCAAUAGUCGAGUUUUCCAUGAACGUUUUUUCAUGAUUAAAAUAACAAUUGUAAAUUAAAUGAAUCAGAAACGAGAUUUAUCCUCAAUUAUUUCGCGGAGAGGAAGAGAAAUGAGUUGUGCCAUGCCGAUUGUAGCCUGUUUGAGGGUGAUCGAUGCACGGCAGUGAUAUAAUAUUUGCUUACACCAUUCCGUCUAAUUGAUUAAUGAGGGGCGGGUAGGGGAGGAUUUUUUUGUCGGGCUGGGCUGAAUGCUGUGUUGACGGGGUGAAAUAUAAUGAGUUUUAUCUUAUUAUUGUGAUGAUUAUCUUGGAAAUGAGUGAUUUUGGAAGAUUUCAUAGGAGGAAGAGGGUGUUAAAGGAAAAAUGUUAAAUUUUUCAUUUUUCCAUUGAAAACUUUUAUAUUUUUCAUGCUAUACAUGAGAUUUACAUUCUAAUAUUGUUUUCGUAAUUUUGAAAAUUUACUUUUUCAAUUGCUUGAAGUGCCUGCAUUUUCUAGGAUUUUUGAUAAUUGGCAGCUACACACUGAGCUUCAAAAAUGGGAAUGUCAUUUACUGGUUCAUGAAAACCCCAUAGAUUUAACCCUUUUUGUAAUCAUCAAUCUUUUUUAGUAAAUUGACGGAGAAAAAGUUGGAAAAAAUCAUGAAUAUGGAUUAUUAGUCAAAUUAUCUUUGGGGCAGACUUAUAAUUUUUUAACUAUUCAUUGCUUAUGAAUGAAUGCGUGGACUUGUUUAAAUUUUUGGAUACCAAUUGCUCAGGCAACGUGGGGCUUUCCGGUGGUUCCGAUUCCAAUUCCAUUGGAACUUAAAUUGUGAUGCGAAUUUUAUGAAACUUCUCUUCAGAAAAUCACUCUUUCUAGCGAUGAUUGCAUGAUUAAUGCGAAUUUCACUGGACUCAUUACUUUCCCCCGCUUGAAAUUCAAUUUUUUAUUAAUAAAAUCGAGCGAGAACCAAAAGCGUAAACUCCCGAAAUGUUUUUGCGGAUAUAAUGGAGGGUAUUUGUAUUGUGCUACAUUGUGGACAAUUCAUCUAAAUGCAUCAAUUGAUCAUAUGCAUGAUUAAUCCACGAGCAAUUUGUUCUCCUCUGAGAGGAUUAAAAUAGCAUUAAAAUGCAUUCAUUCACUGCAAAUUUUGAAUAUUUUGUGAAUCUCAAAAGAAAAUAGUAUCAACUAGUUGUGCCAUAGGAUAGCCUCAUCCAAUCGAAACUGAGAAAAUUCUUUGGUGUAUCACAAUCGCACGAGUACUCGUAUCAUACGAAAGAAUGAAUGUCAAAGAAAUUUUUGGGAAGACGACACUGGAAUUUACAAGUCUUGGAUUUUUUAACCAUAGACCGGAGAGUUCUGUGUCCUGGUUCAGAGCUUCACUCUUUUGAUGUUCUUUACAAAUACCAAGAACUCUCAGCUUUAUUGCAAGAAAAUCCAGUGGGUCUUGAAGUCCACUGCGGUCAUCCCUCGCGUAAAAGAAUAAUUCUAGAACUAUAAAACGUCAUAAACCCCUCGGCCCAUGGUCUUUGAAGUAACGGCGCACAAAUGACUGCCUCCAAAAAUAAAAAUAAUCAACAAAACUCAAAUAAAUGGAUAAUUUCUUCAUAUUUUCUGGUCAAUCUGUUUCGCACUUACGACGAAUUUAUUUAGGCAAUUUAGACAUUAAUGAAAUGAAUUGAAAAAAUCAUAAUAGAGGAAUCUCCUAACUCACUCCGAUGUCGUAAAUUUGGGGAGAAAAGAAUCUGCUUUGUGUGUGAAUCUCGAUGAUUUUUACUCAGUGUUAAAAAUUUGUAAUUUUGAAGAUGCUAUUGCCAAUUUUACGACUUCGGGGGUAAUCGUAGACGCUUCAAAGCUUCAUCAGUGUUAAUAUUUAUAUAGAGAAAUACAUUGAACGAGAGAAAAAAAAAUAAUGAAAAAUUAUGCAAAUGGUAAUUCGAGGAUUGGAGCCAUCGGCUAACGACGGCUCUAUCGUUUCAUUUCACUUAGAAUUUCAUAAAUAAAAAACAAGAUUUUAUACAUUCGUACGUAUGUAAUAAUGUGUAACGAUGUAAUAGAAUGAAAAAUAAGAUGAAAAAUAACGGUGAUUAAUUAAAGUUCUUACAAAACUUGUAUAUCACUGAUGUAUGGAUCUCGAUGCGGAUGGAACGAAUAUUCCUCUCCUUAAAUCGCUGAAUCUUCACAGCCUCUGAACAUACGUUGACUAUUGUCUCGUUACCGCUGAUAUUAAUGUCAGUAUUUACACAUAAAAUUUGUCAUUACACUCUUUUAAAUAAUAACAAAUAAAUGUUGGAGUGGUGAAACGUAGUUGUCAAUUUCGAAUGGGCUUUUUUGCACAUCUGUAUAUUUUCAGACGAAAACACACCCCUGACACAUUCGAUUCUAUCCCCUAUUUAUCUCCAUGUACCCAUUGCCCCUUCUACACAUAUAUAAUUGUUUGUACAUUGGCAGGAAAAAUUGCCAUUGUUCUCGUAUCACGUUUCACCACUCUCAUACGUGAAUGCUGAAAAUUAAAAAAAAAGAAAUUAUGCCUAAACAAUGACCAUUCAGAAAAUCCUGAAUCGGUGAAUUGGCCUGUUGUUUUCUUCAUCCAUCUUCCACUGAACCCCUGAAUAAAAUUGAGGGACCUACAUACUAGUGUAUCUGUGGGAUUGCGAAGAGAUUUGAUAAUAAAACUAGGGUGAGAAUAACAUAAAUAGUGAGUGAUGAAUCUGAGCCUACGAGAGUGGUUGAAUAGUAAUUAAAAAUGUCUGUCCGCUGAUUUUCCAUUGAGAGAAUUUUAAAAAAGUGCGAAAUGCAAAUGAAUCAACUGAUUAAGCCAUCUUUUUCAUUGACAACUGAACGAACCGACUAUAAAAACGAAUAGGCGAGUCUCCAUUCUCCCUUGAGAUUGAAUAAUAAUGAAAGAAGAAUAAAACCACAAAGAUAUUUGUCAAUGAUACUCUGAACACUUUUGACAAUUUAAGACUCUUGUUCCAUUCUACAAUAAAAACGAAGGAAAUGCGAAUGUAUAGAGCAAUAUUGUAAGAAUGAAUCGAGUUGAAAAUGAUUUGAUGUAUAAACGAAUUUGUGCAGUAUUAAGGCUUUUAUUUUAAUUAUCCAUAAUUAUAUUAAUUUCAUUAAUUGAUUCGUGUUUUCAAAACUAUUGAUAUUAAAUAAUUAACAAGAGUGAGGGAAAGAAGUAAAAUGUCAAUUUAAGAAAAGCACAAUGAUGACGAAAGAAAAAUGAAUGUUGGGUAUAAUAUGUCAAAUUAUCCUUCGAUAAUUCACAACCGAAGACGAAUGAAAAAUUCCAGAAUUAAUUAAUUCAACAAUUAAUUAAUCAAAAGUAAACGAAACUGCUUUUUAAUGUGUAUAUAUUGUUGCUUGCGUUCGGCCGAUGUGUGAAAUCGGUCCAUUGAUUAUUCUAGUAUUAUUAAUUCACCAAUUAACGGUGUGGGUGUGUGAGAGAUAAGUGAGUAAUGUUUUUAAUGAAAAAAAAAAUUAUAUAUACGUGUCAUAAUUCAAUUGGUGGGCCUCGGUCGAACGUGAACGUGCGCAUAAUUUAUAAAUUUAUUGAGAGAAAGAGUGAUUGAUUGCGGAUGAACAGAGUGAACAUAUUAUUUGUAAUCAUUCCUGACUUUGUACUUUAACGAAACAGUUUCUGAAAGUUUUCUCUGAUGAUGCUUUUUCAGUUUAUUUUAUUCACGAUUCUGAUGAAGUUUUUUGUUGAAUUUUACGGUGGAUUAUACGUAAAUCAACGUCGAGGUUGAUUACAGAGUUUAUCCUGGGGGAGUGUAGGGUUACAAGUUUAAAAGGUAAUACUGAUGAAUAUCAAACAGUGUAAUCCAUCAUAAAGUUUGACGAGAAGUUUUCAUGCAGUGUGCUCGAAUAGUAAUGAUACAUUUCAUCAAUGAAGAAAGAUUAAUCGAUCCGCAUCAAAGUCUGUACCGGUUAAGAGUCUUCGUGAUGAGUCGAAAUGACACUUUUUUUACCAGAGCCAAGAAAAGAUGGGAAAAAUGAAUGUUUCGUAAUAAGUAUAUGGAACAGAGUUUUUCGUUCUUAUGUGGAAUUUCAAUUGGAUGUUGGAAGUGGGGAGUCCGUCAUUUUUUCCCCUCCAAGUUAAGCCACUUUUGAAUAGCAAUAUCAAAUUGUGGUAUGACAGAUGUAGAGGGAAUUAAGUGAAACAUGAGGGGCUGGAAAAAGAAACACUUAAAAUGGAAGUUGCAAAUUCUCACGAACAAAAGUAUCGAUGUCCAAGAAGUAUUUAAAAUAAAAAUCGUCUUUAUGUACAA